AUGUCGGAUUCUAUUUACACUUUUGACUUUCUUUUAGAACCGAGUUUAGAGAUAAAACAAGAGUCAAACUUCGAGUUGGGCGCGAUGUCAGCAUCGGUGCCAAUUCCACAGAGGCGCACAGAGCUUGCAGAUUUUAAUACUGACUUAGAUUUGUGUCUGCAAGACAAUCAGAUUGGAUCAUUCCACAGUGUUCCCACAUUACCCUACAACAAAUUUAAUUUCGAAGCUGAUUCAUCAAGGAUGGAGCCUUUCAAAAUGGAGGAUGAUGAUAUAUUCCAAGUAGACAAAGCUGAUUUAGUGUUAGGUCCAACUUUGGCAGAGUUAAAUGCAAAUCCAGAUACAUCUUUGGAUGAUCUCAAUUUCGAUGAUCUGCUCUUGCCAGAGGAGAGUCGCUACUGUUUACAGAUAGGUGGAGCGAUGAGUGGUUCAAAGAACUCUCCAAAUGUUUUCCAAACAAACACAUUGACUUCCGAGAGUCCCUGUAGCCCUUAUGGUAGAGCUCAGUUGGCUUUCUCGCCGUCUAGUCAGCAUAGUUCAGCAUCUUCGAGUUUUGUUCCCCCAAUGAAUCAAUUACCAGAACUUCUCCUAAGAAUGGAUGGUUACAGUGGCGAAAUUGCUCUUGGACAAUCGGUCCCAGCUUCAUCUGUUCUGCCACCAUUCCCACCUAGCGUUAAAACCAAAGCACAAUUAUCCUCAUCGGCUCCCACACAUUUAACUAUGGACCAGAUAUGGCAACGUCGGGAGCCAAGAAAACAUUUACUUUCCACGAGUUCUCUCGCUGAAGCAGGAUCAGUAUCUUCUUUGUCCGGAGGACUUCUUAGUCCGGGAACUGGAGAUUUCUCUCAAGAUGAAGAUGACAGAGAUGUAGAAUCUGACGAAGACAGCGAUCGAUAUGAGGAUCUUUCAUCUGAUGAAUCAAAUGAUGAAUGUCCUGAGCGUAAAGAAGCUCGUCAGGCCAAAAAAGAAAAAUACUUCUGGCAGUACAAUGUACAGGCUAAAGGUCCGAAAGGUCAAAGAUUAAUACUAAAGAAAAAAUCAGAAGAUCCACAUGUACUAAAUCUAGUUACAGACCCUGUAUUUAGCCCCAACUGCAAUGUGAAAGGCAUAAAACACAGUGGGAAGGCAAGAAAAGGUGAUGGAAAUGAUUUAACACCGAAUCCCAGAAAACUAUAUCUCAUCGGUUUGGAACUAGAUAAAUUAGGAAAAAUUAUUAAUGAUAUGAUACCAGUCAGCGAAUUGCCAUUUAAUGUUCGACCGAAAACCAGGAAAGAGAAAAAUAAACUGGCCUCGAGAGCUUGCAGGUUAAAGAAAAAAGCUCAGCACGAGGCUAAUAAAUUAAAACUAUAUGGAUUACAACAUGAACAUAGACGACUCCUCAAUGGAAUAAAUCAAGUGAAACAAAUACUUUGCAAUAGGGUAACAAAUCCGGAUAACAAUGUUGAUUGGUCUUCACAUGUACAGACUUUAGUUAAUACAGCUACUGAGGUAAAAAUAGCUGGCAAAACAUCAGAGUUUGUCAACAAAAUAGUGAACAAUGUGAAGUCUGGACAAAAUAAUGGCGGUUUGAACGAAAUAUGA